GGAUUGAUAGCCGCUUACACCUCUAAGCGUCGAGCUGAUAAUCAAGGAAAGAAGUAUGGAGUGACGACUCUCAUUGAUUGUCGUUCCAUUCUUGACCCGCCUCUUUCCUCUCACCAUUUUGGAUUCUACCACUCAGCCAUCCUCAACACCCAUGUCAUGAAAGGAGGAGAAAAGCUGUGGGAGCUGGCCUAGAAAACGUACAUGGCGUUUGCAAACUCUAAGAAGUGCAACAAGCACUUGUCGGACAUGGCUGACCUGAACUUCCUCACGUGCAAGGCCAUUGAAAACCCUGGCUUGACCCCAGCGUCUUCCUUGAGGAAGUCCUUCAUGUCGGUCUUCGAAGACCCAGUGAUUGAUGAUCAUGAUCGGCCGGCCACUGAUCAGGUCGGACUGGAGGACUACAUGGGGUGCGCCUCCGUUCACGGCGUCGGUCCAUCCAUUGCAAUCUUCGACACAAUAAGGGAUGGGCGUCUGGAUUGCGUAUGCGUGAAUCCGGCGCCGUUGCACUCCAGAGAGCAAAUGCAAGAGCUGGUUGAUACCAUGAAGGCUGUUCUUGUGGAUUGUGGUACGUAACUGUGCGGAGUGACAUGUCAUGCAUGAU